AGGACCAACACUGUCAGGAAGUGGUUUCAUAACCAAGGUGUCAAUUCAAACUGCAGAGUUUUAUCAAGCCACUUUACAGCAUACCAGCUGCACUGUCCCCUUCAGCUCUUAAUGUCGCUUUAUUAUGAAACAAACAAGGUUUAUUAUGACAGUUAUGCUUUAUUUUGCGUUUUGUGUUUAAAUGUAGCCUUUACAAAAAAAAAGUCGGAACUAUUGUUAUUUGAAACUGUUCAGAGAAAAGCUAAAAAAAAUGUAUAGCAUGUUUAUAUUUUUCUUUUUGAACCUAUGGAGUCUGAGUGGUGUGUUGGGUGUUGAUUCAGUGAAGUCUGUACCAGUGACAGAAGGAGAUUCUGUCAGUCUAAACACUGAUCUUACUGAAAUACAGACAGAUGAUGAGAUUAUGUGGAAAUUUGAAAACAUUCUGAUAGCUAAAAUCUAUGGGAAGGACAAAAAGAGCAGGUUUUAUGAUGAAAAAGCUGAUGGGAGAUUCAGAGACAGACUGAAGCUGGAUCAAACUGGAUCUCUGACCAUCACAAACACCAGAACCACAGACUCUGGACUUUAUAAAGUCACCAGCAGAAACUCAGGGACCACACUCAACAUCUUCAGCCUUACUGUCUAUGCUCAUCUGCCUGUUCCUGUCAUCACCAGAGACUCUUUACAAAAUUCAUCAUCAUCAUCAUCAUAUUGUUCAUUCCUGUGUUCAGUGGUGAAUGUGAAUCAUGUGAGUCUCUCCUGGUACAAAGGAAACAGUUUAUUGUCCAGCAUCAGUGUUUCUGAUCUCAGCAGAAGUGUUUCUUUACAUCUGGAGUGUCUGGAUGAUUCCUACAGCUGUGUGGUGAACAAUCCCAUCAGCAACCAGACUCAACAUCUCAACAACACUCAACUCUGUCAGCCAUGUUCAGAAGACUUCAUCCACUGCUGUGGACCUACUGAAGCUGUGAUCCGAUUGGCUCUCUCUGCUCUGGUGGGCGUGGUUGUUGUGGCUGUUCUUGUUUAUGACAUCAGAUCCAGACGUCUUCAACAGAAGGAGAAGCAAAUGUCACCAUCAAACUCUGAAUAA